GCUUUUAAAUUUGUGUACAUUACUUUUGGGCCUCAUUAGUAUAUUUUCCCAAAUUAUGAGCAAUCCCAAACAAUCGGUCUUUUACGUGCACUUGGAGGAUCCUGUGAGGAGUGCUCCUCCCAGUGGACUGCACCGCAAGUACCGCCCAUAUGCGCCACGCCCCCAGGAGGAGCGUCUGGAGGAGGCGGAGGAGCGACGCAGUUGGCUGGGUGAGCAAAAGGUGGAGCAGCUCUCCGUCCGUCUGGCGCGAGUGGCGCUGAUCACGGAUCGCCACCAUCGCCAAACCACCCAAAGUUGGCUGGAUUCCCGGGAUCGCAUCACUCGCGAUAUGGACGAGCAUGUGCGCAAGCGGACGGCCCAGAUCUCGAAGCGUCUGAGGAACCUCAGCGAUCACAACCACAAGGUUCAGGUGCGCAAGGAUGAGGCCAAGCAGGAGAAGCUCCUCCGGAAACUGACCCAUCUCUACGAGGCACAGAACGCCAGCACUAUUUCGCGAUUUUGGGGUAAAAUUCAGAAGUAGGCUUUGAAUAUCAUCGCAGUUGGUAAAAUUGGAAAAUAAGAAGUUCAGAAGGAAUAAUAAAAUGGAAUAUCACAGAAAA